AUGACUACUCAAUCUGUUGGUAUUGCUAAUCUACCAAAUCAACGUUAUAAGAUCGUUAGUGAAAGAGGGGGAACCUUCACAAUCAUGGUUUGUGGUGAAAGUGGCUUAGGUAAGACUACCUUCAUCAACACUUUAUUCCAAACCACUUUGAAACAUGCCGAUCCACAUCAACGUCGUCAUUUGCCACUAAAGAAAACUGUCGAUAUUGAUUUAACUCGUGCUGUAUUAGAAGAGAAAAAUUUUAAGAUGCGUGUUAAUGUAAUCGAUACCCCUGGUUUUGGUGACAAUGUUAACAAUACUAAAGCUUGGCAAACUUUGGUCGAUUUUAUCGACGAUCAACAUGAUUCAUAUAUGCGUCAAGAACAACAACCUCAUCGUGAAGUUAAAUUCGAUUUAAGGGUCCAUGUAGUUUUAUAUUUUAUUAAACCUACUGGUCAUGGUUUAAAACCAUUAGAUAUUGAAACUAUGAAGAAAAUUUCAUCAAGAGCUAAUUUAAUACCUGUGAUUGCUAAAUCUGAUACUUUGACCUUACAAGAAUUACAAGUCUUCAAGAGUAGAAUUAGACAAGUCAUUGAAGCUCAAGAGAUUCAUAUUUUUACACCUCCAUUGGAUUUUGAAAAUAACAGUAAUAAUAAGGAAGCUGUGUCAACUGAUAAUGCUACUACUAAUCAAGACGCUACCGCUGCUGAACACGCCAGACAAUUGAUAGAAGCAAUGCCAUUUGCAAUCAUUGGAUCUACCACUAAAUACGAUAAUGGUCAAGGUACUCAAGUCGUCGCAAGAAAAUACCCCUGGGGCCUUGUCGAGGUUGAAAACGAUAAUCAUUGUGAUUUCCGUAAAUUGAGAAGUAUGCUAUUAAGGACGUAUUUAUUAGACCUCAUAACUAGUACACAGGAUCUACAUUACGAAACAUAUAGAAGAUUGAGACUUGAAGGAACAAAUGGUCCAGAUGAUGAGAAUAACAUGAAUGGAAAUGGUGAUUCGUCAAUGCCAUUAAAGGCACCAGCAAGAAAAUUGUCACAUAAUCCAAAAUAUAAAGAAGAAGAAAAUGCUUUAAAGAAAUACUUCACAGAUCAAGUUAAAGCAGAAGAACAAAGAUUUAGACAAUGGGAACAAAAUAUUGUUAAUGAAAGAAUUAGAUUAAAUGGUGAUUUAGAAGAAAUCCAAACUAAAGUAAAGAAAUUGGAAGAACAAGUUAGAUCAUUACAAUUGAAGAAGCGUUAA